AUGGGUUUAUGUAGUUCAAAAUCUAAAGAACCAAUUAAAUCGACAACUAAUACAAUUGCUAAAAGACAAGAACAAAAACAAGCAAUUCAAGAACAACAACAAGUAACAGACUCAAAACAAAAUUUCUCAGCAGCAAGUCUGUCACAAGAACAACCAGAACCAAAAAAUAACAAUCCAGUGGAUGUAGCUGCUCAAUCAUCAAAAGAAGUUAAAGUAUUAUUAUUAGGCUCGGGAGAGAGCGGUAAAUCUACAAUUGUGAAACAGAUGAAAAUCUUACAUCAAAAUGGAUAUACUCAAGAAGAAUUAUAUGAAUAUAAACCAUUCGUUUAUAAAAAUAUUCUAGAUUGUACUAAAAAUGUGAUUAAUGCUAUAAUUGACUUAGAUCCAGAUUUAAUCAAACAAGAAGGAAACAAUCAAGAUGAGAGUGAAGUUGUGGAAAUUAGUAGUGAAGGGAGAAAACACGUCUUGGAUUAUAAUUCAUUAAAUGAAAUUUUAGAUUAUGAAUAUCCCAUGGAUGAUACACCAUUUGAUGAAAAUAUAUCAAAAAAAAUAAUACAAGUUUAUAAUACUCGCGAAGUUCGAGAUUUUAUGAUUCAUAAACAAGGUGAAUUUUAUUUAAUUGAUUCCACAGAUUAUUUCCUAUCAAAUUUGGAAAGGAUAUCGAAGCCAAAUUACAUCCCAUCAAUUAAUGACGUGUUAAGAACAAGAAAAAAGACCUCCGGUAUAUUUGAUUUUAAAUUCGAUAUGGGUAAUGGAUUAAAUAUUCAUAUGUUUGAUGUUGGUGGACAAAGAUCAGAACGUAAAAAAUGGAUUCAUUGUUUUGAUAAUGUAACAUUGAUUAUAUUUUGUGUUGCAUUAAGUGAAUAUGAUCAAGUCUUAUUAGAAGAAAAUAAUCAAAAUAGAUUAGAAGAAAGUUUGGCAUUAUUUGAUUCAGUAGUUAAUUCAAGAUGGUUUGCAAGAACUUCAAUAGUCUUAUUCCUCAAUAAAAUUGAUGUAUUUGCUGAAAAAUUACAAUAUUCACCUUUGGAAAAUCAUUUCCCUGAUUAUACUGGUGGUAAUGAUAUAAAUAAAGCUGCUAAAUAUAUUUUAUGGAGAUUUAAUCAAGUAAAUAGAUCUGGUUUAAAUAUUUAUCCUCAUGUUACUCAAGCUACUGAUACUUCAAAUAUUCAAAUUGUAAUGGCAGCUGUUAAAGAAACAAUUUUAGAAAAUUCUUUAAAAGAUAGUGGGAUAUUAUAA